GUGAAUGUCAAUAAAACGUCAGUUUGUUACGUAAGUUGUAAAUUGGCUGGCAGUUUGUCAGUCAGUGUCACAAAAUUUUCUCUCUUUUUUCCAUCUUUAAAUUAUAGUUAUACAAUGGCUGUCCCGGCUCGAAUUUUGGCUAGAUGUAAAGAUGGUUUAAAAUUAAGCAAUGUUAGAUUCCAAUCGGGCACUCCUUAUGCAGAGACAAGGAAGAACUUGGUCCUCACCAGUGAAACUAAAGUGAUUGUACAGGGGUUCACUGGGAAACAGGGUACAUUUCACAGUCAGCAAGCUUUAGACUAUGGUACGAAGGUGGUCGGUGGAGUAUCACCAAAAAAAGCUGGUCAGGAACAUCUUGGGAAACCAGUCUUUGGUACGGUAAGGGAAGCCAAGGAAGCUACUGGGGCACAAGCCAGCGUGAUCUAUGUACCACCACCAGGGGCAGCUCAAGCUAUCUUAGAAGCCAUUGAGGCAGAGAUGCCUUUGAUUGUAUGCAUCACAGAAGGUGUACCCCAACAUGACAUGGUGCGUGUGAAACAUGCUCUUCUUAGGCAGAAUAAGUCAAGGCUGGUAGGACCCAACUGUCCUGGUAUCAUCGCACCUGAGAAAUGUAAAAUUGGUAUUAUGCCUGCUGCUGUUCACAAGCGUGGCUGCAUUGGUGUUGUCUCCCGUUCUGGUACCCUCACUUAUGAAGCCUGCCAUCAAACAACUGUUACUGGCCUUGGACAAACUCUGUGUGUGGGUAUUGGUGGUGAUCCUUUCAAUGGAACUGACUUCAUUGACUGCCUUGAAGUCUUUUUGGCUGACCCAGAAACUAAGGGCAUUAUCCUUAUUGGUGAGAUUGGUGGAAAUGCAGAAGAAUUGGCAUCGGAAUACCUUAUUCAAAAUAAUACUGGCCAGAAGGCUAAGCCUGUCGUCUCAUUCAUUGCAGGGUUGACUGCACCACCUGGUAGACGGAUGGGUCAUGCUGGUGCUAUUAUUUCUGGUGGCAAAGGAGGUGCCAUGGACAAAAUAAAAGCUUUAGAAAAGGCCAAUGUCAUUGUAACACGUUCACCUGCUAAAAUGGGUGUGGAAUUGCUAAAAGAAAUGAAACGGCUAGAAAUUGUUUAAGAAUGUUAUAAUGGUCAUAUUUUACAUUAUCAUUAUGCCUACUCUGUAUAGUUUUAGAAAUUAUAUUGGUACUAUUUAUUUACCAUUGUUGUUUCAGUCUUGCACUGUGUUGUACCCAAAGACAAAGUUGAGAUUGUAAGAAAAUGGGUUUUGAAAUUUAUUGUUCAGUAAAGAACCUGUAAUGUGAUUAUGUUUACAUAAUUCUAUUUUUAUGAUUGCCAAAUGUUAUUUAAAUUCUCACGAAAUCUCAGUAGUUAGCACCCACAGUAGAAAUUAAGAAUAUAUUGUCAUUAUUAUUAAUAUGAAUAAGUGUUACUCAAAAGUUUGAUCAAAUCAUAAAUAUAAACUAAGCUGACAUUGAAUUGUUUCCUGACUCGCUUUGUCUGUUGUAUAGUUAAAAAAAAGUAUACACAAAAUACAUGCAUAUGACCAAACAUUUCUUUUUAUUGUUAUGAAACAAGUCUAAGGUAAAAUGAUAGAUAUCCUAUCAUUUUCAACUAUUUGUGAACUAGCCACUUUUUCAACUUAUAAUAAUAAUAGAACAAGCAAGAUAACUUAAUAGAUACUCAAGUCUAUAAUUAAAUACCUUAACAACAGAUAUGUUGCGAUUCAAAUAUCACAGCUUAGAUAUUCAUCAAUCAAUCAUAAAAGUAGUCUUUCAGAUAUACUGAGGUAGUAUUAUGAACCCUAGGUUACUUAGCAGAAUGCUUCUACUGUGGACUGUGUACCUCUUAUGUAAUGUCAAGUUGUAAGAACAAGUCAACACAUAUGCACAGGUAAAGAUAUUCUGCUUGAGUUGCUUUUUUUGCCUGGCCUUAAGAGUUCAUAAUAUCGCCUCUGUUUAAUUUAACAAGCUAUGCAAAAACAAAAAAAAAAACAAGUUUUUUAAACUACCAACGAUCCCUUCUGCCGCCACCUCCCCGUCCCCCGCGUCCCCCUCGGCCGCCCCUCCCACCGCGUCCCCCGCCUUCUUGCUCCCUCCUUAAUUUCAUACCUUCAAAUCGCUUAGCCAUUAGCUCUAGUUCUUCUGGGACUUCUUGAUUCGCCUCCUCCAAUAUUUUAAUCAGUUCUCCAGCUUGUGCCCAGUCAUUCCUAGUUACAAAAGUCAGGGAGACCCCUGUCCUACCUGCACGGCCAGUCCUACCAACUCUGUGCACAUACUCCUCAAUAUGACGAGGGAAAUCAAGAUUUACGACAUGAGUGAGAUCCUUUAUGUCUAUGCCUCGGGAGGCUACAUCUGUUGCUACCAAAAUGUUCACAGUACCAUCCACCAUUUCUUCUAAAGCAGCUUCACGGUCACUUUGAUCUCUAUCACCAUGCAAAGAUUGACAUUCUAUUCCUUUAAUACAAAGUUCUGUAGUGAUAUGUGUAGCAGUUGCUUUUUUUCCACAAAAUACAAUCACUUUGUCAUUUGGAUCCAUAUUCAUUAAGAAGUCAAACAGAGCUUUUUCUUUAUCAUCUUCUUCUACAAAGAGAAGUCUCUGUGUGACUGUGUGCACAGCAGCAAGGUCCAGUGAUCCAACGUUGACUUGAAUGGGAUCUUUCAUGUAGGACUCUGCUAGUCUUCUCACACCAGGUGGCCAAGUUGCAGAGGUCAUAACAGUCUGUCUGUCAGGCCGAACGUCAAAGAGGGACUUCCUAAUCUGUGGUUCGAAUCCCAUAUCUAGCAUUCUGUCAGCUUCAUCAAGAACAAUGUAUGAAAAGUUUAUUAUAUUUAAAUGACGAGCCAUGACUAAGUCAUUUAGUCUUCCUGGUGUUGCAAUCACAAUAUCUACACCCUUGGAUACAACUUUGAUCUGUUCACGGCGGUCCCCACCACCAUACAGACAAACUGAUUUGAUGCCACGAUAUUGAUACUUUGAAACUUCUUUAUCUAUUUGUAAAGCAAGCUCUCUGGUUGGUGCCAUGAUUAACACAGUCGGCCCUUCUCGCUGUUCCCUCGGAGUAGUUUGUCCAUCUAUAUGUAUGAGAGCUGGUAACAAGAAUGCCAAAGUCUUACCUGUCCCUGUUUGUGCUAUGCCAAUCAAGUCAUCACCUCUCAAAAGGAUUGGCCAUGCUUGGCUUUGAAUGGGAGAAGGUUGUUUGAAGUCUUGUUUAUAAAUUUCAUCCAAAAUUUCAGGGUAGUGUUGAAAUGCUUGUUCAAAAGUUAAUACUGGAUUUGGGAUAGGUCGCAGACCUGGCUUGUCAUCAAAUGUUCUCUUGACUUGUAUGUCAUGGUUAGCACGGCGCCAACGUGUCACUUCAGAUGGUGGCAUGGAAGCGAUUACAGGGUCUUCUUUAUAGAAAUCCUUUAUAAUUGGUGGUAAAUUUUUCCAUCGAUUUUGCUGUUCUUGGUCAUAAAAUGCAUUAAGUUUAUCCCAAUCAAUAAUCUCAACACCAGAUUCAUUUUUCUUUGUAAAGUCACCAGACCCAGAACUACUAUUGAGUUCUUCUUUUGGACGUGCAGGUCUUGUAUCUUCAAGCAAUUCAUUAAUCAAGCCCUCAACUUUGGAUACGGCAUCUUCAGAACCUAUUAAAGUGACUGUAGAGCAAUUGCCGUCAGAGUCACCAAUUUUUAUUCUGGCACCUGAAUCUUGUUCCAAUUCACGGAUUUUGGAUCCCCCUUUCCCGAUGAUACGACCUACACUUUGAGAGGGUACUGUUAUAUCUUUUUUGUUACCGUCGUUUUGUUGAUAAUUACGUCGUUGACUUGUUCCCACAUCGUCGUUAUUGCCACGGUCGCGCCAAUUACCGUCGUAACGUCCUCUGCCGCCGCCAUCUCUGCUGCCACCACCCCUGCUACCGCCACCUCUGCCUCGACUUGGACGGUAUUCACGAGAUUGGAAAGUAUGAACUUGCUGUGGUGCAGCAGUGACUGUUACCGCUUCAGUUUCUUGCCAUUCGUCUUCAAAAUUCAUAUUAGUGACAAAAAUCAAUGCUUUGAGAAAUAGUUUUUUAAACCGCUAACCAGAGACCGGUAACCAACCCGUGGAAUCAGCGAAAUCCUUGCCACCAC